UCGUACGUUAAUAACCGGGUGGAAUCCAAACCCUACCCAAUUUCAUUUCCGAAUUCAACAUUGUCAUUCUACGAUCAUCUUAUGGUCUCGUUGCCCAGCAGAGCCAGGUUUCUGUAACGCUAGAUUCAAUCGACCAUUGCCUGCUUAAUCUCGCAAGGAUGUCAGAACCACCUUUUAGACCCCGGGAGAAGCUCCUUGAGAAGCAAAAAUAUUUCCAAAACAUCCACAAGCACACAUAUUUGAAAGGACCUUAUGACAAGAUCACAUCUGUUGCCAUUCCUUUAGCUUUGGCAGCUACUUCAUUGUACAUGAUUGGUCGAGGGAUUUACAAUAUGUCCCAUGGGAUAGGGAAGAAGGAAUGAGGAGGCUGUCGGUUUAACGAUGGGCUACAUGUUUUCUGCUCAUAUUUUGAAGGAUUAUUUGCUCUUGAACAUGGACCAAUGUUGUUUCUCAAGGUUAUUUUGUUUAGUGCCUUCAAUAAUUGCAUAGUUGCAGACUUGUAGCUACCAAUGGAAAUUGACACUUCAAUCUUGAUGGUUUUAUUUUCUGAAUCCUUAAUAUUUCAUCUUUGAAUAUCAAGGUCGAUACGUUGGCUUAGUCA